AUGAAGUUGGUAUCCCUAGGAAGUUUACUAGUUGGAUUAUGGCAGCUGUUAAAGGAUCAUCAACUGGAUGCAUGGAAAGCUGCUCUAACACAAGUAGCUGGACUCUCUGGUUGGGAUUCAAAAGUCACCAGACCAGAAAACAUGCUUAUUGAAGAAAUUGUGAAAGAUAUUUCAAGAAAAUUGAAUUUGAAUCACUCUUUCUUGAACGAUUAUCAGGGUAUGAUUGGAAUUGAGAAGCAUAUUGAACAAAUACAAUCUUUGUUGCACCUUGAGUCAGAAGACUUUAGAGUUGUAGGAAUUUGGGGUAUGGGAGGAAUAGGCAAAACAACAAUUGCUAGAGCAAUAUAUCACAAACUGGCAACUAAUUUCAGUUCAAGGAGUAUUAUUCUAAAUGUUGGACAAGAAGUAGAAAGAGCUGGAGUAUACCAUGUGAAAAACAAAUAUAUAUCAGAGCUUCUAGGGGAAGACAGCACAUCCUCUGGAUUAAGUCUCAAAAGUACAAAGGCUCUCCUUGUUCUUGAUGAUGUGUGUCAUUCAAAUCAAGUUAAAGAUUUAAUUGGAACCUGCAGUAACUUCGGGGAGGGUACUAGAAUCAUUGUGACUAGUAGAGACAUGCAGGUACUAAAGAACGCCGAAGCUAGUAAGAUAUAUGAAGUUAAAGAGAUGAGUUUUAAAGAUUCUCUACAACUCUUCAGUUUAAAUGCCUUUAAACAAAACUAUCCCAUAGAACCUUAUGUCGACUUAUCAAAAAAGGGAACCACGUUUGAAGUAGGAGCGACGGAGAUGGCUGAGGAAGUGACGGCAAGUGACGGUGACGGCAAGUGA